UACUUCAUCAUCCUCGACUAUUCUUAUCAAUGAUAUCAGAAUACGUAUAAACAAAUUUUUUAUUCGACAAUGUAUGACUUAUGUAUAUAUAGGUAUAUUAAGAAAAUUCUUAAAUAAAUUCAAUAGGAUUUUUAAUGGAUCUGAUCGCGUCUCGUUGAUAUGCAUCACGCUUAACGCUUGUGAAUUUAUCGAAGUCAAUUCAGAGACGAGCGUAGCCCGCGUACACAAAUAGGGCUAGGUCACGAUGGCUAAUGGAAUGAUUCGUUUAAGACAAUCGCACGCGCUUAUCCAACAACGACGGCUCAACGAAACGAUGAAGUUCAACGCGAAGGAGAGAAUAAUAAUAAGACAUAAGAGACUAAUCGAAAGAAUCUUCAUCCUCCAACGGAUAUUGCUCAGAAAAUCAAGAUGGCAUCCGAGAAUGAUACGGGUAUCGUGUCAAAUGAACGAUGUGAUGUAAAUAAUACGAUUCAGCAAGUGUUUGAGCCGUUGAGAAGGGAAAUAUCGAGCGCGAAGGUGCUUGGAACACAGUGGAAGAACGUGAACAAAGAGGCAACCGAUUGUUCCGCCGAUAUUGGUUUAAAUUCGAACAGGACGCCCACGGUUUUCCCUACAGCGUCAUCGUUCAACACAAACACCGACCGACAUGAAUUACAAAGAAACGCGAACACUUUGAGUUCUUCUGGUGAUGUGCAAGAAUGUGCGAAUUAUAAAUUCAUUAUUAGUACAACUUUGCAUAAAUUACCUUCAAAGCCAGACAGUAUGUCCACUCAGAGGAAUGAUCUAGACAGUGCUGCUUGUGUACCUGAGAAAACAGACGAUAAUCCAGAUCAAUGUAAUAAUGAAUUAUUGAGGACUGCAAGAGAACCAGUGCAACAUAUUAUUCAUACCGAUUCCACAUGUGGCAACAGUACAUUAUUAUCUACCAGUAUGCAUGCAUUACCAGCAAAAUUAGAGGGAUGUUUAAAUUUCUCUAACAAUACUCCUCAACUUGGAGAAAGCCCACAGAGUAAUGGAGAAGUAAUCAGUAGUCCUCGAAGUCCAGAUUACCCUCCAAGGGUUUCAAAUAGUCCAAAUAGUCCAGAUAUAAUGUUUCCUAUUACUAUGACAUCAACACAUACCGAUUCUAAUAUUAAUAUAAUGGAUACAGCAAAAUAUGAUGAAGAAAAUACUGAUACAUCUACAAAAAUUAGCACAGAGUUGCAGAGUUAUCAGUGUUGUGGCAAAUUGGAAAUGAAUGAUUCAGAAAAUUCUGUUUUACAAACAAAAAUAAAGCAGGAACAUGAUUCAACCGAAGAAAAUAUACAAGACACAACUAAAACAGAAGUAGUUGAACAAAAAGAAGAAUCAGAAAUUAUUAAAUCAAAUUGGGGAAAUGAGAGAAUACCAAUUACUGUGACAAAUAAGACCGAUAGUAAUACACAUCAAAAAUCUAUAGAACCUAUUAAUACAUCGUCUUCAAAUUCACAUUCAAAGGUGGAUUCAUCAUCCAAAGACAAACGUAAAGAACAUAGUGAUAGAAGACACUGUUCAAGAUGCUAUAGAAGAAGUAAAAUCAAACGGGCAAAUGUUGGUGUCCAAUGUAAACGUGAUCGUAGUAUACUUCCUUUAAAUACUAAAACAAUUUCUUUACCAUUAUCAAAAUCUACUAGUGAUAAUCUGAGACUUAAUUUACAAACAAAAAAUUACAAGAUGCUUAAUAGUACAGGCGUGAAAAGUGAAUUAUUAGAAGGCUUAAAAUAUAAGAAAUUUAUUCAUAUAGAGACAUACCCUAAUGGUGGGGCAACUGUUGUGCAUAUGUUUCAAGAUGAAAUUGAUACUUUAUCCAGUGAACAAGUAGAAGAAUUGGCACAAGAGUAUUUUAAAGUAGUUUUUGGGGAAGAUGAAAAUGGUAAUGCUCAUCAUGUUAUGGGAAUAGUACAUAAUGCAGCAGCAUAUCUUCCUGAUCUUUUGGAUUAUAUGGCAAAUAAUUAUCCUACUUUAACAGUGAAGAAUGGAGUAUUAGGAAGAAGUAGUGAUAUUGAAACAACUACUAUGGUACAGUACAAAGAGCAAGUUUGCAAAGCAUACAGUAAUGGAACAAUACGAUAUGGACCUUUACAUCAAAUAAGUCUUGUGGGUACUGUCCAUGAGGAAGUUGGAGGUUAUUUUCCUGAUCUUUUACAAAAAUUAGAGGAGAAUCCAUUUUUGAAAUUGACAAUGCCAUGGGGUCCACUAUCAGUAGUAAAAAUGGAAACUCCACAAGAAUCAAAUGAUGGUCCUAUUCUAUGGAUUAGGCCAGGGGAACAACUAGUUCCGACGGCAGAUAUAAAUAAAAGUCCUUACAAAAGGCGUAGAACGGGAAUAAAUGAACUACGUAACUUACAAUACUUACCACGACUUAGCGAAGCUCGAGAAUACAUGUUCGAAGAUCGUACAAAAGCUCAUGCCGAUCAUGUAGGUCAUGGAUUAGAUAGGAUGACUACAGCUGCUGUUGGAGUAUUAAAAGCGGUGCAUGGUGGUCAAGCAUCAGAAUAUAAUAGAGUUACGAAAGACGUUGUGGCAUUUUACGCUGGUGAUUUUCCAGAGUUAGUUGAAAAACUUCAACUAGACCUCCAUGAACCACCAAUAUCUCAAUGCGUACAGUGGGUCGAAGAUGCUAAGUUGAAUCAAUUAAGAAGACAAGGUAUUCGUUAUGCAAGGAUAAAUCUUUAUGAUAAUGAUAUUUAUUUUUUACCCCGUAACAUUAUUCAUCAAUUUAGAACUGUCUCAGCUGUUUCAAGCAUCGCAUGGCAUGUUAGAUUGAAACAAUAUUAUCCAGAGUCACAACAUAAUUCAAGCAUAAGACAUAGUCGAGUUAUUAAUGAAUCUACCCAUCGUAUUAAAGAAAAAAAACCAUUAGAAACCGUUGGUAUAGGAGAUGAGCAAAAAGAAAAUACUAAUCGUCAACGAUUAGAGCAAAAGCUUUAUUCUGAUUCUCUUGAAGAAAAAAAGGCUAAAGAAAGAGCUGCGGAGUAUCAAGGAAAUUUAAAAAAGUCAGAUCAACAUGGAAAACGAAAAGAUGAUCGUAAAAGCCGUGAUCAUAGCCGACACUCAUCUGUUAAAAGAAAAGAUUGCGAAGAAAAUAAUGAUACGGCUACAAAUCAUUUUAAUGACAGUAAAACUACAAAGAGUGGAGCUAGCGAUCAAAAGUCUAGCAGCAGUAAAAGGGAUGAUAAAAGGUCUGAUAAAAAACACGAGAUACGACGUCGCAAUAGUGACAAAUCAAGUCACCAUUCACAUGGUAGCAGUAGUAGCAGUAACAAUAGCAGCAAAAGUAAUCAUUCUGGAGAAAAGAAGAAAUAUGAUUGUAAUAGUCAUAAAUUAGAUCAUCAUCGCAGUCAUCAUAGCAGAUCAAGUGGUAAUAAUAAUGUUUCGAGUAAAGAAACUAUUUUGAAUGUGAUGGAAGAACGAACAUCUAUUAAAUAUGGUACAACAGGAUCUCCUUUAAAAGACAGCAAAAGACAUUUUAGUUCUUCAGAAAUUUGUCCACCUGUAUUAGAAUCUUCUAAUUCUGAAGUAAUUGUUUUGGACAAUGAAGUAUUAAAUCAAAGACAGCUAAUAGCUAAAACGUAUGCAACUGAGGUUGUUGAUAAGGCAUUAGAAAUCGCUAUAUAUAAGUCUAAGACUGACGUUGAUGAAGUUUGUCAAUCUCUAAGGAUUGGUGUAGCUGAAGCCUCAAAAGAAGUGCUAGAUAAAAUUAGAAAAGAAAGUUUUGAAAUUGCCGAACAAAGGUUCAAAGAUGAUACUACAAAACUGGAAAGGUAUUCUCAAUUACUUGAAAUGGAAACUGUAUUAGCAUUUACAUCGAAAAUGGAAUGCGCAACAGAAAAUGCUGUGAAAGCUUUAAUUGAAAUGGCCGAGGACGAAGCUAAAGAAAGAAUAAAAAACGAGAAACCAUCUGAGAGUCCUGCUGAAGAUCAUACCAUCCCUGAAAACCAAAUUCCCACUUUAACCAGUACAAGUUCUUGCUCUUCCGUUUCAAUGACUACAUCACCAUUGAUGGAAAGUGAGAAAUACAAUAGUAGUAGUAGAAUUAGCAAUGUAGAAGAAAAAUCCUUAAAAUCAUCCGAUCAUCACGUUUCUGUCGGAGAAUCUAAACGAAAGUACAGAGAUGAGAAAGAUUCUAGAAGUCAGAGGCACAAAGAAAAAAGAGAUCGUGACAAACGAGAUCGUGAUCGUAAAAAACAUCGUCAUCGAAGUCCACAAAGUAAAUCUGAACAUAAAACAAGUGAGACGAUAAAGGAAAGUUCAUCAAAGAAUGUGACCUCGUCGAUUCGAGAUGUUUCUAAUUCUAAUAAACCUGCAGAUUCUACUGACGUUAAAGAAAGUGAAAAGAAAUUAGAAAAACGAAAGGACAGUCAUCACAGUCAUGGAAAAGACGGACAAAAGAAAUCAUCCAGCAGCCGUUCCAGUAAAGACGAUACAGGAUCGAGUAAUUCACAUUCGACGAGUUCAAAUCAUAAACGCAAGUCAAGUUCGUGUUCAGAACAUAAAGAACACAAGAAAUUGUGUACAGAGAAAGAAACAAUUUCACGAACAUCUGAAACAAAUAUUAACCCUUCAGUUCCCACCACAACAAUUGUGACAACACCAACUGAAAUAACUUCUACGAACGUUGUUACAUCAACGACAUGAAAAGGUGAAAAUUACUUUUAAUGUGUAAUACAGUCUAUUUAAAAAGUUGACUGUUUAUGUUAGCUUAGCUAUGACUAAUAUAGAAAUAUGUGCACUUUUAAUUGGAUGAAGUGAUAUAUCAAGAAUGAUGAAAGUUUGUGCUUGAUACACAAACUUCGAUAUUUAACUGUUAAUUUGAUUUGAUGCACUUUCAUCUUGAAUGAAAAGAUGAUGUUACAGAUCUAAUUGAUUUUCAGAGCUUACUGUUGAGAAGUCCAAAUUGACGUCUGUAUUGCAAAAGUUAUUUUGCUAUGAAAACUCUGAGUGUCUCACAAACUGAAAGUGAAGAAUAUAGUUGAUAAAUAUUUAUACUAUAAGUGAUCGAUCAAUGAGUGGUGUACAAAUAGAACUUGUACAAAUUCGUGGUUGGAAAUUUUUUCCGAUCAGCAUAAGAUUAUUGUGCAUUGUAUAUAGACCAAAAAAUGCCCUAUUGGGAAGAUUGUGUCACAGCAAAGCUUGAUUAAAUUAUUUAUAUAUGUAGAUAUAUAAUAUAGUAUAUGUUAAAUUA